AUGGCGAUUCUAGAGUCGAAGGAACGACGGAUGUUUUUGUUGGUUCUCGCCAAGGCUCUCAUGAGUUUCGGUGCACCAUCUCACAGAGUGGAGGCUCACCUUGAACACUGCUCUUCCAAGCUCGGUAUACGAUCUGCCUUCAUACAAUUCCCCAAUAUCGUCAUUGGGGUGUUCUUCAGGAAUGUGACGGGUACCGCCUCGAUCCAUUUUGUUCGAGCGUCCGGGAAGGUCGCUUUAACUUCUCUCCACAAGGUACACCUUGUCUAUCGGCGAGUUCUACACGAAAAGAAGGACGUGGGCGAGGCUCGACAAGAAUUGAUUGAAAUCAUCAAAUCGCCACCGCGAUACCCCAGAUGGAAACGCUGUAUAUUCGCUUUCUUCCAGGGCGCUAUCAUAUGCUCGCUCUCGUUUGGUGGAUCUCUGUUGGAUGUCUUUGUGGGAGGCGUAUUCACGGCUAGUGUGCAGUGGCUGAACUUGUACGCUGUAUCAAGAAGUGCUGCAUACGCGAACGUCUUUGAUAUCACCUCGGCUAUCAUCGUCGCGCUCUGCGCCCGACUUCUCAGUGGUAUCCCUGGCAAUGUGUUCUGCUACAACGCGAUAUCUUCCGCUGGGAUUGUUCUCGUCCUGCCGGGAUUUAAUGUCUUGGUGUCUUCCUUGGAGUUGAUAUCUUUGAGCGUGCUGAGUGGUCCGGUCCGAAUGGUGUACGCCAUUAUGUACACCAUGUUUCUGGGUUUCAGCCUCAAUGCCGGUUCCGAGAUAUACUUCUCUGCCUGGCCUAAGGCUCGUACGCAACUGGAAGCGGCUGCGGUAGCGCUCACGACCAAGGACAGUUUCUACGGCUCAGCCACUUUAUUGAACGGAACCAUUGAGCUGGAGCCCUUUGACGCCACCUUCACUGUAGCAGAUACUGCAUCGGCUUCUAGAUUUAUAGUUCAAGGUUCGUCGCACGCAUUGUUCAGCUCUGAUAUUGAUCGUCAAGGUGCAGGUUGCUUCAGAGACCCGCACUGGCCGUGGUGGCGUCAAUUACUGCCCUGGUGGACUAUGUUAUUUCUUGUGCCCGUAUAUGCGACCCUGUCUUGCAUGUCGAACUUGCAGUCCUGGAGAAGCAAGCAAUUCCCUGUCAUGAUAUGCUUCUCGAUCGCGACAUAUGCUGCUAAUCGAGCGGCCAGGAUUGCAUAUCCGAACCAAGCAAGCUUCAUAGCAGCAGCAGGUGCAACAGUCAUCGGUUUUCUAGGCAAUCUCUAUGGCAGGAUAUGGCGCGGUUCGGCUUUCACGACUAUGGUCCCCGGCGUUCUUUUCCUAGUUCCCUCCGCAUUAUCAGGGGAAAAUGGAUUAAAUCCUAGCUACUCUACGACAAGCAACGCUACCACGCAGUUCUCCGUAGGCUUUCAGCUCGGAAUCAGGAUGGUUCAAGUCGCGUUAGGCGUCAUGGCGGGAGUAUACGUUGGCGAAUCUAUCGCCUACGUAGGAGGGAGAAGACGCAAGCGGAAUACACCAUUCGCGUUCUGA